AUGGAAAUCGACCCGCAGCUGCAACGCAUGCGAGACGGGGGUCCUCAACGGCCCUUUUACGCGCCGACCCGGCCAACAAUGGGCACAGGCCCGGAAUACCCAGAGCCACCCUCCCAUUCACCCACCCACACCUAUCAAGGCCAGAGUAUAGAUAGUGAUGGACACAGCCAUGGGCUCGGGCAUGGGGACAUACGCCCACCAUUCGAGAUGGGUCCAGACAACAAUCAAUACCCAGAGCUGCAUAACGUCCCAGGCGAAGCCAAACGGUCGCGGGCGUGUGAGCCCUGCCGACAGUUGAAAGUGCGCUGCGACCCAGAUCCGGCGCACCCGGAAGGGUCAUGCAAGCGGUGCGCCAAAGCGCGGCGGACGUGUGUUGUGACAGCGCCGACGCGCAAGCGUCAGAAAAAGACUGACAGCCGGGUAGCGGAGUUGGAGCGGAAGAUCGAUGCUUUGACAGCGACUCUACAGGCGUCGAAUUCGACUAGUGCGCUGUUCUCUGGUGGAGCGAGACAGCAACUGUCGCAGCCUGGGCAGCGGGAUGAACAGCUGGCUGAUCGGGGGUGGAUAGGCGGGGAGUCGAAGAUCGCGGGGAGCAAGCGACAGCAUACCGGCGAAGUCAAGGAUUCGUCUAGCGGAUUGCUGGCGCCGCGGUAUUCGCGACCGGGUAGUCCAUCUGCAGAGCAGAUUCCUAGCCAUCCGUCGAAGCAUUGGCGCAGACCUGUCAGUGGUGAUUCUGCGCCGCCACCGCUGCCAAGACCUGAGGCUGGGGAUGAGUUUUCUGAUAUGAUCGAUAGGGGUAUUAUAGAUUACAAUACUGCUAGCGCGGCUUUUGAGAGGUACAUUAACCAAAUGGCACCAGAAAUGCCGUUUGUUGUUUUCCCGCCGGGGACUACGAUGGGCGAGGUUCGGCGCAAUAAACCAUACUUGUUCCUUGCGAUCAUCGCCGUUGCCGUUGGUCCCUUUAAUCCCGACGCGCAGCCGAUCCUUGUGAAUGAGACGUAUCGUCUUAUCGCCGAGCAUGUUGUUGUCAAAGGCCACAAGUCGCUUGAGCUGGUCCAGACUAUAGUUGUCUGUUCUAUCUGGUAUCUACCACCAGAUAACUUCGACGAGAUCAAGUUUUAUUCUUUGACCCACAUGGCUGCGGUUAUGGCAAUGGAACUUGGAUUGAACCGUCCCACUUCCGGAAGUAGACGGGGCUUCAAUAUGAUCCGUGAGCUGAUCAUGAAAAAGCCGACGGGACCAGCAUUUGAUCCAGAUGGACCGGAGGCAAGGCGGACGUGGGUUGCUUGUUAUUACUUACCUGUCCAGAUGUCGGCGGCUUUGAGGAGAGCACACUUGGUCACCUGGCAGCCAUACAUGGACGAGUGCCUUGAGAUUCUAGACACCCACCCGGAUGCCCUUCCCUCCGACCGGGGAUUGAAAUGGUGGGCAAAGCUGGGACUGCUGAUGGAGGAUGCUGGACGUCGUUUCUGUGCGGAAGAUCCUGGAAUCAUUGCCACCUUCGCAGACAGUAAGGCGUGGUAUAAUAUCAAGUUGUUUGAGGGUCGAUUGGCACAGUGGAGAGAAGAGGUCCCGCGGGAUCUUUACCUUGGUCCAAUGAUUCACACCGAGCAUGUCUUGAAUCUUUUCGUCCAUGAACCUGCAAUGAGCGUAGACUACAACACUGGCAACACCUCUCCAGCUCACGACAAUUUGCACAAGUCGUCAAUUGCGGCGGUCAUCGAGGCGUUGACCACGGCCAUCCGCUGCAUUCAUGAGAGUCUGGACCUCAUUUGCGCCAUUGAGGUUGACCGACUCAUUUCCUUGCCUACAACGACAUUAGCGCGGACAACAUACCCCGUGGUCAGUUUGAUCAAAAUAUACACAUUGUUUAUGUCGCCGGACAGUCGAAUCAGGCAGAUUCUCGAGGUGGAAAGUCUCAAACUCGAUUAUUAUCUGGACAAAGUCAUCGCACAUUACCGUGCCGCCGCCGCGCGUGAUGGCGGCCGAGGAGCAGCGAAAUUUGGAAACGUUAUGGUUCUGUUGCGCAAUUGGUUUAUCAAAAAGCGUGACCAGGGAGAUCAGGGCCGGGAAUUGAAAGAGGCCUUUUCACGCGAUCAGAAUCCCACCGAGCACCGGCAGACACAUCGGAGUCAUGAUACGCCGACCGUGACGCCUUCCAAUCCAAGAACGCAUGUGGCACAAGGCAUGACGCCCCUCCAUUUCCUCAGCGAAGUAGCCAUGGGCGACCCAGCGCACCGAGCGAAGAAUCCCGACUCUCAACACGCAAUACCUGGACAACCUCGUUCCUCAAACCACAGUCCAAACUCAACAGUCAACCGAAUGGCAACACCAAGUUCAUCUAGUUUCGGGCCAGACCUACCCCAAACCAGCUGGUCAUCUGGGGCAUCAUACUCAACCACUCUCCCGAGUUCAGACUCGAACCCGAUCGAGACGAGGGGGUAUUACCUACCCUAUCCACAUACCGACCUCACACAGAACUACCCAGACAUACCACCGAGUGCGCAGACUCAGGGAUACCCGGACAUGUCCACUGUGGCUGGUAUGCAGCUCGCUCCUCCGAUGGGAAUGGCACCUGAGGUAGGCAUGGACCCGAAUCUUGGGGAUCCUUGGUAUACAUUGGGAAAUAUGAUGGAUGGAGGACUGGUUGCGUUCCCGCUUUCUUUUGAUGGGAACUUCGGACUGUUUUAG